CGCACGAUAUACAUAAAUAGAAAUUCUGCAGACCUUUGCCCAUUUAUUCACUUAUCCUAGUUAGAUAAGUACUAUGUUAGUUACAAAUUUUGUUGUUCUAAGUGCAAUUGCCCUGUGUCACGGACAGAGAGUCCAGCGGCUUCUUGUUACAGAUCCCCAGGCUACAAACGAAAAGAUUUCUCAUUUGGAGGCCACUGUACAGGAUCUGAAGGCCACCGUUCAGCAACUCACAAACAGACUCGCAACAGUUGAAACAUACAACUCCAAUCCAGUUUACUUUUCUGCAUUCCUUACCAACACAUUCACCCCUCCUCGUGACCGUCAAACAAACGUGGUAUAUAAUGGUGUUCAUUAUGACAGCCAUAAAGCCUACAACCCAUCCACGGGCUUCUUCACCGCGCCCGUUACAGGGUUAUACGUCUUCAGUUGGGAAAACCUGACCGCACCAGGAAAAACAUUUGACACAGAAUUGCUAGUCAAUGGAGUUCGACAUGAGCUAGAUAACUGUAAUAAUGAAGGGACAACCACCGGUUAUCUCAGUUGUACUCAGGUUGUGCCGGUUAAACUUAACGCUGGUGACCACGUGAACAUAAGAACAACCUAUGGGAAUUAUGCCCAUGGUGGAUGGUGCAGUUUUAGUGGUUGGCUUGUACACUGAGUUAUCAAUAAAAGAAAAAGA